AUGGCCCCGUCCAAGAAAAGCCAGUUCAAUGGCUACAAUUUUUUUGUCUGCUUCCUUGUCAGUCUUGGGCAGAUUGCCUUCGGAUACCCAGCAAGUAUUAUUGGAACGACACUAGGCGAACCUCCUUUCCUCAUCUAUAUGGGUCUUAUAGAUCCGCUGACUGGGAAAGAAACUGGAAAUGCCGAGGCGUUGAUUGGAGCCAUGAACGGAGUAUUUCAGGCUGGUGCAGUGAUUGGUAUCUUGACCGCCAGUUAUAUCAUGGACCAUUUCGGUCGUAAAGCGGGGGUACUAUACUGCUCUCUAUUUUCCUUAUUCGGUGGAGCCUUGCUCUGCGGGUCACAGAAUGUAGCCAUGUUUAUCGGUGCUCGUUUCAUCGCUGGGUGGGGGAGUUGGGGGUUCUUGGCAGUCAGGUUACGCGGAUUUUUCGUCGGCAUGAACGGCGUCAACAUCGCCUUAGGAUACGCGCUCGCAUCCUACAUGGGUAUGGCCUUUUACUUUGCUGACAAUGAAACAGCAAAGUGGCGUGGCCCGUUGGGUCUUGCUCUACUUUGGCCUUUCAUGAUGAUUGCAGUUGUAUGCGUCGUCCCAGAGUCUCCGAGGUUCCUACUAAUGAAGGGAGAAGUUGAGAAGGCUAGAGAUAUCGUGUACAGGAUCCACAAGAUCAAGGGUGACCCGACCAAGAAACCCGGCUGGUGGGCAAUGUUUACAAAAAAAGGCUACCGAAGGCGCACUGCAUUGGCAAUGGGCUUCGCUUUCAUCGGACAGAGCACAGGGGUCCUUGUUAUCAACAAUUAUGGCCCAUCCCUUUAUGCGACCCUCGGCUAUGGAACUAAACAGCAGUUAGAAUUCCAGUGUGGGUGGAUAACUGUAGGAAUCGUUUUCAAUGCAGUCGGCGCCAUGUUCAUGGACAAGGUUGGCCGAAAGCCCCUGAUGCUGUUCGGUGUAGGCGGCUGUUGCGUUUGCUUGAUCCUCGAGGCUGCAUUAGUUGCGAGUUUUGCAGAAGAGGCAACCAACAAGGCUGGUCUGGCGGCUGGCGUAGGCAAGUCAACCAUGGAAGCCUCGAAGGUAUACAGCAUGGGUGUUGAUGUCGCGGGGGUGGUCUUCUACUCGGAGCUAUUUCCGAAUCACAUUCGCGCGAAAGGUGUUUGCCUCUCGAUGGCCACCGUUGCACUUACCGACCUUGUGUAUUUGCAAGCAACGACAACUGCCUUUGCAAACAUCGGCUGGAAGUUCUACUUGAUCUUCAUCAUCAUUACCUUCUUUGGGACCACUCUCAUGUUCUUCCUCUUGCCAGAAACCAAAGGCAUACCGCUUGAAGAAAUGGCCAAGAUCUUUGGCGACACCGAAGAUGUUGUGGUGUUCUCGAGCGACUUGCACAUUGACCAGAACACCCAUGAGCUAGUGGUGACGGCAAGAGAAGGGAAACUGGAGCACGUGGCUACCCACCAGGGGGUGACGCCAGAAAUUGAAAAACAGAUUGUAGAGCACAGGGAGAGGGCUACUGAUGCAUGA